AUGCUUGUUUCAACGUUGAAGCUUUGCACGGCUUUGGUGGGAAAGGUCGACUUUGAUAAGAUGGAUGCGGACGGUGAUGGCGUUGUGUCCAAAGAUGAGCUGGCAGAUGCAUUGGACUGGGAUUCUGUGCAGGAGGCUACCGCAGAGGACCUGUUCAAGAAGCAUGAUGAUGGCGACGGGGUUCUCUCUCGCGACGAGUUACAGAAAAUGCAGGUCGACUUUGAUAAGUUGGAUGCAGACGGUGAUGGCGUUGUGUCCAAAGAUGAGCUGGCAGCCGCAUUGGUCAGCCUCGACAGUGGCAUUGUCCAGAUUUUCACUUUUGUGAAGCUCGUGUUUGUGGCGUAUGCCUUUUGGGACCGUGGGGCAGUCCCAAGGCGAGUUGCACUGGAAAAGGGGAACGAGCUUUGCAAUUUGCAACUUGUCGAUGUGUCUCUUUGCUCUACAGAAGCUUGCAGUAGCGGCUUGGACAUCGCAAUGGCCCUUCUGCGGACAGCUGUUGGCUUCUGCCCGAUAGUGGGCCCGGCAGCGGAUGUCUUAGAUGCUGCAUCAUCUGGUGACAGGACAGGUGCCACCAUUGCCGUGGCCAGGCUGUUGGUAGACGUUGGCAGCAGCUGUAUUUUGACUCCUGCUGCGUCUGCCUCCAGCGCAGUGACGGCCGGCCGCACCGUCCGUCACGCAGUCAAGGUUUUGAAGCACACCCUCAAACAAAAGGCCAAGAAUCGAGUCCGGGAGGCUGCAGUUAAGCUCAGCUUGACUGCUGUUGCGGCAUCCGCCGAAGCAACCGUCCGCAGGAGGCUUCUUCCGGCCGUGAGGCGCGGUCGGCGAGACGACGAGCAGCCAUCUUUGAUGAGACCAUUCUUCGACGUUGCCAGCAUGGACGCGCAAGCGCAUGCGCGAUUCGCCAAGCAGGUUUACAGAGCCCCGUCUGAUCGCAGAGGCUUGCUUACCUACGGGAUGAUCAGAGGCAAUCAGACCUGGGAGGGCAAAUUCUGGUAUGCAUACGUUGGAGGUGACUCUCGGCAAGGGUUCUGGUACUGUCCUGCAAACGGUGGCCACUUGGUCAUAGCAGAGCGAGGGACUUGCCUUUCAGACACACAGGACCUCACCAGGGAUGCAUGCAUAGCCAUUGGGAAGUGCCAUGAGGCCUUGCGAAGUCGAGCAAGACAAGCCCAGGCCGCAUUGAUGCACCAGCUUCAUUGCCAUCAGGCACAGCGUGUCACUGCGACUGGCCACUCCCUGGGCGGUGCAGUGGUAGCCAUGCUUGCCGGGCAGAUGGGUCGCGAUGGACACCUCCAUGCAGCCCACAUUUUCAACCCAGGGGGAUUGCCAGAUGUGUACCGGUACCUGUCCCUGCACUCCAUGUUUGAAGCAACUUGUGAGAUGAAUGUGCACCGGAUCAUGGGUGAUGCUAUUUCGCUCGGGUUCUUGCCAAUGGACCAGCACACGUAUGGCAAGAAAUUUGGCCUUGACCAUGUGGACUCGCAUAUGCUCCUACAUUUCCUUCCAGAAGAGCCGUUGGGUUGCCAGCCUGCGUUAUGCAGCAGAGCCUCUUGA